AUGUCGCCUGCUUUGAUGAAGGGAGCACCAUCAGGGUCUAUUGGAAAGGCAAGUGAGUAUGCAAAGCCAUCUCAAGACCGAAAAUGCUUGCUCAUUCUGGAUGGACACAGUAGUCACAAAACUCUAGAGGCUGUCAACUAUGCACGUGAUCACGGAAUUGUCAUUUUUGUGUUACCUCCACAUACCACUCACAAGCUGCAACCCCUAGACAGGACAUUCUUUGAGCCUCUCAAGGCUAACUACAACAAAGAACCUGACAAGUGGAUGCUAAUGAACCCAGGCAACAAGCCAGAUUCAGGCCCUGGAACAUCUGAUGCCGUAUUGCCACCAGACAAGCCAGAUUCAGAGCCUGGAACAUCUGAUGCUGUAUUGCCACCAGACAAGCCAGAUUCAGGGCCUGGAACAUCUGAUGCCGUAUUGCCACCAGACAAGCCAGAUUCAGGGCCUGGAACAUCUGAUGCCGUAUUGCCACCAGACAAGCCAGAUUCAGGGCCUGAAACAUCUGAUGCCGUAUUGCCACCAGACAAGCCAGAUUCAGAGCCUGGAACAUCCGAUGCCGUAUUGCCACCAGACAAGCCAGAUUCAGGGCCUGGAACAUCCGAUGCCGUAUUGCCACCAGAUAAACCAGGGUUACAUGCAUCAACUCUUACAGAACUGACUGCAGGUCCUUCAAUCGAACCCCAACAAGAUGUAAGAAGACAGAUUGAAGUACUUUCACCACUGCCAGUGAAACGCAAGAUACGGAGCCGAAAGAGAAAAUCUGACUCUUCCAUGGUAGUUACAUCAUCACCUUUCAAGAAAAUGAUGGAGGAGAAAGGACAGAAGAGAUCAAAGAAAACCAGCACCAAGGCAAACAAGAAAGUUGCUGAUGAGUCGGAGGUAUGGCACUGUUUGUACUGCAACGAGUUGUACACAGAACCACCUACCGAGGACUGGCUUCAGUGCAUUAAGUGUAGACAAUGGUUCCUUGCAGAGUGUGGAGAUGAGAAGGAUAUUUGCGAUCUCUGUUGUUGA